AUGUAUACACAAGAAUAUGCUGAAUGUUGUCCUGUACCAAAUACAUAUCGCGUUUAUAUAUAUAUAUCAUAUUUGGAUACAGUACAUUUCUUUCGACCGAAACUUUAUCAUCAACAUGUUUAUCAUGAAAUUUUAAUUGGUUAUUUGGAUAAUGUUAAACAACAUGGAUAUAUGUAUGCUCAUAUAUGGGAUUGUCCAGCAAAUGAAGGUGUUGAUUAUAUAUUUUGUUGUCGUCCACCUGAACAACUUUUAUCGAAGCUAAAACGCCUACAGGAUUGGUGUAGAAAGAUGCUUGAUAAAGCAAUUGCAGAACGCCUUGUUAUUGAUUAUUAG